GUUGUGUGUCCCAGCUGAGGGGCUGCUUGUCUCCUGGUCAGUGCCGGAGGGGGUAUUGGCUCAUCAGAUAGCCAAGAUUAAGCUCAGGGGGCUUUAGGACCAAACAAGCUGCUUUUCACAGAAGGACCACCGGCACCAUGAGAGCUGUCCACUACUGUCCGCUGCUCCUGCUUACCCUGGUCCUGCUAACAACCCACAGUGAGGCUCUGCGAUGUAUUUCAUGUAUGGGCUCCAACAACGAGGACUGCAACAAACAAGGCUCCAAAUCGUGUCCCAGCUUCUCUGACGCCUGCGCUGUGGUGGUGGGCCAUGACAGUGGGGUGAUGAAGUCAUGCUCCUACAAGUCUUUCUGCAGUCAGGCCAACAGCCAGGGCUACAGGGCACCGGGCGUCAGAGUCAACUGCUGCUACAGCAACGACUGCAACGUGACAAGCUUCGCCUCGUCACUGCAGGGACUCAACUAUCUGCUGCUGCUCCUGCCUCUGUUGUUCCACUGCUUUUUCAAGUAG